CCCAUCACGGUAGUAACGGGGGGGGGGGGGGGGCUCUGCAGCAGCUCCGGGGGCUGGCCCGGCCUUGCGAAGCGUUGUGUAAGUACCGGUGCCCGGUGCCUGCGCCUUGUUUCAGCCCUUGGGCCGCUUCCCUCUCCGGUGUGGGCGGUCAUCCAUCCCUCUUCGGCCCGCGGAGAUCGUCUGCAUUCUCCGCAACGCCGGCGGGUGCUCUGCUCGGCUGCUCCUCAGUGAGAAGUGUUCCAGGAGCUGUUUUUAGCCGCGGAAGUAAAUAAAAAUCCGGUCAGGUGGACCCUUCGUGACGGCUUUGUCUCCUCCUUCCCGAGGCUUCGGUACGUGACAGCCCAGUGUCUGCGUGUCGCAGGGGAUGGGGAACAGCCAGCUGAGCGGAGCUGGUUUCUGGUGGCGUGCAAAUAACUUUGCUUGCACAAGGGGCAGGAAAGGAAAUAAAAGGAAAUUGUGGUCACUGGGUGAGCGUUAGAAGCUUUAAUGCUACCAGGAACUUGGUGUUUGGAGGGGACUUGGAGAUCUGUCGUAGAUUAUUAUAGCUUGUUUUCAUUCAAAAAGUGUUUAAAAAGGGUACUUUGAGAAGGGACAGCAUCCGCUGCUUGACCUACUUAGCGUCUGUGUGUCUGAGCAGCCUGCCAUCCUGCCGUUUCCCAUUCAGAUGCCACAGAAAGUGGCGUUUCCAGCCCGGCGCUUGUACACAGCUCCGCGGGAGCAGGGAGAGGGCCGGAGCAGCGCCAAGAUGCUGGAGGUGCCACGUGGGCAGAGGAAUGCACUCCCCGAGUGGAGGGUGGAGCGUUGAGAAACAGCUGUUUCUCCAUCAGGAUCCUUUUAAUUCCUCCCGCCCCAAAUCCUAUUCGGACAUGUCCCUUAGCAAAGGAAUCCCGUUUGGAUCCCAAGAGUGGUUGGAUCUGUUGGAAAAGCCUUUAGGUAAAGGCAGUGUUUGCGGACUCAUCCUGCGUUCCAGCCCUGCAGCUACUCAGCAAAGCCUCCUUAGUGGACACCCCUCCAGUGUGGGAUAUCAGAUGGCUCUUGGCCACCUCUCUCCUUCCUCACCUGAGGCAGCGGUGACAAAUAGCACAAUGCGGUGUGAAAUAGUGUCCCUUCUCAGCUCCCCAGGAAACACUCCUGUGUCCUACUUUGAUUCGAAGAAGAAAAGAAAAGUGGCAGAAAUUUAUCAGGCUCUCAACAGCGACCCCAUCGACGUGGCUGCGCUCAGGCGGAUGGCGAUCAGCGAGGGGGGGCUCUUGACAGAUGAGAUUCGUUGCAAAGUGUGGCCAAAGCUGCUAAGUGUUAAUACAGACGACCUGCCCCCUCUUCCAGCAGGAAAGGAGCUGCGAGAGGACAAUAAAGAUUACCAGCAAGUGUUACUAGAUGUGCGGCGAUCCCUGCGCCGUUUCCCACCAGGGAUGCCGGAUGACCAGAGGGAAGGCUUGCAGGAGGAGCUCAUCGAUAUUAUCCUCCACGUCCUCAAGCGCAACCCCCAGCUGCACUACUACCAGGGCUACCAUGACAUCGUGGUCACCUUCCUCCUGGUGGUGGGUGACAGACUGGCCACGGCUCUGGUGGAAAAGCUCUCGACGCAUCAUCUCAGGGAUUUUAUGGACCCAACGAUGGAUAAUACCAAGCACAUUUUAAAUUACCUGAUGCCCAUCAUAGACCAGGUGAACCCUGAGGUGCAUGACUUCAUGCAGAGUGCGGAGGUGGGAACCAUCUUUGCUCUCAGCUGGCUGAUCACCUGGUUUGGGCACGUUUUGUCUGACUUCAGGCACGUCGUGCGAUUAUAUGACUUCUUCCUGGCUUGCCAUCCACUGAUGCCCAUUUAUUUUGCUGCUGUGAUCGUGCUGUACCGGGAGCAGGAAGUUCUGGACUGCGAGUGCGACAUGGCCUCUGUCCACCACCUCCUGUCCCAGAUCCCACAGGACCUUCCUUACGAGACUCUGAUCAGCAGAGCUGGGGACCUUUUUGUCCAAUUCCCACCAUCCGAACUGGCCAGGGAGGCAGCUCAGCAGCAGGCUGAACGAACUGCGGCUUCCACUUUUAAGGACUUUGAGUUGGCGUCAGUGCAGCAGAGACCAGACACUGUGUUGAGGCAACGCUUCAGGGAGCGGCUCCGAGGGGAGGAGCGGACAAAAUCCAUCUUGACAAAGCCAAGGACCAACCGCUUUGUCAAGCUGGCGGUGAUGGGGCUGACGGUCGCGCUGGGAGCAGCUGCCCUGGCCGUGGUGAAAAGUGCGCUGGAGUGGGCACCCAAGUUUGAACUGCAGAUUUUUCCCUGAAGCCAGAGGAAGGGCCUUCCCUGUUACUGUGUCCUUCCCUGGCAGGAAGGGGUGAUGUUUGAUGAAAGGACGACCUGUCUGAAGAUUAUUUUUUAUUCUUGCUGCGUCCCGUGACGCUUUUGGCCUUUGCAACAGAGACUGAUGGGAACCAGCCCAGCAGGAUUGUAACCCACACCGACGCUCACCUUGUUCUCUCCUCCCCGUGCAGGGGUGAGCAGAUGGGCACUGCCGCCAUCUCGUGAGGAACCGGAGGUACGGAUGAGUCAGGCUUUUCAGGCUGUGCACAGGUGACUGAACGAGCGGAGAGCCGUGCAUGGGCUAUGCCGAAACGAUCCCGCGUUCUCUGUUGGGGAUAAUUAGUGGGAGUGAGGGCAGAUCCUUGCCUGGAGGAGAGUGUCAUGGCAGGGUUUGGCCUGGGUGUGUGCAUGUGUAGGGGCGAGGGGCUGUUAUACUCCUGAGGAACAGGGCAGCCCUCUGGCUCUGCAUCACUCCCGUCUGCAGGCUGCCAGCACACUCCCCUGUCUGCAUUCAGCUUUGCUGGUGGUCCGAUCCUUCCCUUUCCUAUAGGCACCCUCUGAGUAGAGCCAAACCUUUCACUUCUGCCAGCGCCCUGCCAUGAGAUUUGUCUCCAGCAUGUAACACUCCAUGGCUCCUUUUGCUUCCUCAUCUUUGCAGCCUGCUCUGUUUACAGAACAGAAGGGCAGGGGACGGGAGUAGACCUGUGGGACUGCCAGAGGGAGCUCAGCUCUCGGUUGCUGGGGCUCCUUUGCUGGCAGUAGCACGGUUGUAUCUUGGGUCAGCAAGGUGAGAGAUGAGUGUCACUCACCCUGCACGAGGUAUGUGCUGUCAUGUGCCAGGUCACAUCACCACAAGUGUUAGUGGCACCAUAAACGCCUGUUGCAGACUUUUUUACAGCUCUGGAAGCAGGCUCUAAUGCAGAGAAGGCUUUUUCCACCUUGUGAAACAUUUUGCGGUAGGAAGUCUGUCUUAAAUCUCCCCCACGAGCUGAUCAGACUUCAUGGUCGCCCCUUGGAAUAACACAAAUGAGGGAGUUUCCCAGAAAGGCCAGCCCCAACCCCCACGUAGCUUCUGUCUCCCCAUCCAGUCCCGUUAACAGUCCUAGCACUCCCUGCCCUCUGAGCUAAGCAUCGAAUUCUAGACAACUCGGUGUCCCACUGAGACAAAGCCAAUAGACACUAUAUGCCUCUACCUCUCCCCUGAGCUGCUAAACCUCCCGCAAGUGCCCUUACCUGUCCCUUACGGCUCCCGCCCAGCUCCCCUGCCAUUGCUGUGUUGUGCCCAAAGCCAUCUGUGCCGUGCCCAGGGGCUGCACACCUGAAAAUCGGGUGUUGGUUGAAGAGUUACAGAUUUCUGGAUAGGGAAGAAAACUCGUGCCCUGCAAGACUCAGCACCCUCCUGUCCCAACCCCUUGCCUGUCGGUUCAUAACUGCCUCUGGGUAAGUUCUGGUUUGCCCUGUGGGCCCUCGCUCUCAGAGGGGCCAUGCCUUUGUGGCCGGAGGGUGUGCGGGCAGUCAUCAUGCCUGACCUGUGUUUCCAUAAAGCUCUGAGCAGAGGAGUUUCCUUUGCCUCUGCAGGCUGAAAUCCGGAACGUGUGAAUCUGCUCUCGCGCAGGCAGGGCAGCAAGACCUGUUCCCUCUGCCACUCGCUGGUGCCAGCGGCUGGCUCGUGCCAGGGCUGUCUGUGCCGUUGGUGAGAGCCGGGGGCUGCUCACGGGUCUCCUCUCCCAGCGUGGUUGAAGGCAGAGCCUGUUUCUGGCCCCUCAACACCUCCCCAGGGCAGCAGUGGUGUGGGGCAGAGGGCUGGGUGAUUUAGCACUUUAGAAACUUGUGGUGCAGGAGAGUCUGUGGUGACCUGGGGAUUCUGCCGGAGGUCCCAGGACCCCUCUGUACACUCCCCCACUGCCCUGAAGGAGGGGAUGGCUGGAAUCCCCCCACUGGGGGGGAAGCCCCUGCAGCCCCCCCGCUCUCUGGCCAUGAUGCACUUUAGUUCUUGCGUUGUCCCCAGGGGAGGAAGGGCCUGGGAGGAGAUGGUCACUUCGGGUGCUUCAGUUACUCUGUACAAAGACUUAUACGUACCCGUGUAAAUGCAGAUUUGUACAAACCUUAUAACUGUAAAAUAAACAGUUACUAAACA